UUGGGUGUAUUCAGUGUACCGUACAUUCCUACUCGCCAGAUCAAAUGUUGUGACUGUCAGGUCUCGCCAUUUUUGACCAGAAGGCUCAUUUUAAAACUGCACCGCUUUAACGAAUCUCUGGAUAUUUUACCGAACGAAAACGCUAUGGGAAACUGCCAUACAGUCGGACCAAACGAAGCGUUGGUAGUCUCCGGUGGUUGCUGUGGAUCCGAUAAUAAGUCCUACACAGUCGGAGGAUGGGUCUGGGCAUGGUGGCUCCUCACAGACAUUCAAAAAAUUUCUCUGGAAAUAAUAACCGUCCUGUGUCGCUGUGAGAAUAUCGAAACGUCGGAGGGCGUCCCCCUGGAUGUGACCGGGGUAGCUCAGGUCAAGGUAAUGACCGACCAUGAGCUACUGUCUCUUGCCUGCGAACAGUUCCUGGGUAAAUCUGUGGUGGAAAUUAAAGGUGUCAUCCUGCAGACACUGGAAGGUCAUCUGCGCUCCAUUCUGGGCACUCUGACAGUGGAGCAGAUUUACCAGGACCGAGAUCAGUUUGCCAGCCUCGUGAGAGAGGUGGCAGCUCCUGAUGUGGGUAGGAUGGGUAUUGAGAUUCUCAGCUUCACUAUUAAGGAUGUCUAUGAUAGAGUGGAUUAUCUGAGCUCAUUGGGAAAGACCCAGACAGCGGCUGUGCAAAGAGACGCAGACAUUGGUGUAGCGGAGGCAGAGAGAGAUGCUGGAAUCCGGGAAGCAGAAUGCAAGAGGGAGAUGAUGGAUAUUAAGUUCCUGGCAGACACUAAAAUGGCAGACUCAAAGAGAGAGCUGGAGAUGCAGAAAGCUGCUUUCAACCAGGAAGUCAAUACGAAGAAAGCCGAGGCCCAGUUGGCCUAUGAGCUGCAGGCAGCUAAGGAGCAGCAGAAGAUCCGUUUAGAGGAGAUUGAGAUCGAAGUUGUGCAGAGAAAGAAACAGAUCACCAUUGAAGAAAAUGAAAUCCUCCGGACAGAGAAGGAGCUGAUCGCCAUGGUGAAGAGGCCUGCCGAGGCCGAGGCCUACAAGAUGCAGCAGCUGGCUGAAGGACAAAAAGUGAAGAAGGUGCUGACAGCACAGGCUGAAGCUGAGAAGAUCAAGAAGAUUGGAGAAGCUGAAGCAGGUUCGAUUGAAGCUGUGGGUAAAGCCGAAGCAGAGAAGAUGAGGCUGAAAGCUGAAGCCUACCAGCAGUACGGAGCGGCAGCGAAAGUCGCACUGGUCCUAGAGGCACUGCCCAAGAUUGCUGAAAAGGUGGCAGCUCCACUGGGUAAGACCAACGAGAUCGUCAUUCUGAGCGGCGAUAACAGUCGCGUGACUGGUGAAGUGAACCGUCUGUUGGCCGAACUGCCGGUUACAGUUAACGCCCUCACAGGAGUCGACCUGACAAAGAUUCCUUUGUUGCAGAAAAUGACCACUCCUCAUGCAUGAAGAUUCUUGACCUCUUUGGCCUUUUAGUCACAGUUUAAAAACUCUUUAAUGCCUUACCAGGAUAUUCGGUCCUGGCUGAAAAGGAGAGGUGUUAUUUUAUCCCUAGUGCCACCUUUGUUUAGGAACAGACUGUGUCCAUUGUUUCUCUCUUUUUGUAUGUUCCUAUGGUGUUCUUUAUCCUAUUUAACAUGUUUUAUAAAUCCAGCUAAAUGAUUAGUAUACAGCAGUUCUGAAACGGUUAAUUUGAGCAAAACAUAGGAGAGCGUUUAUCCUAUUUGAAUUGGGCCACGAGUUAAUGAGAGCAUAAUAGCUGGCUUUGUUUUGUUUUGUUUUGUUUUUAUUUUUCAGUUUACACUAAAAAACGAUGAACCUCGGCUGUUACACUAACAUCGAUUCAAUCAAACUGCAUCAGGUUCAUUCAGGUGUGAAGACACCAGGUUUAUUUUUGUUCAGCUGUUUAAAAACACGCAUAAUCAGUUUACUAUACAAAUGCAACAUUAUGCAUCCGUAACAAUUCACCAUAUCGUCCAGCAUCAAAUUCCACAUUUAUUUUUUUGUAAAUGUUAUGUAAGUUGAUGUCGCUUGAGAUCACGUGUUUGUAUAACAGAUGUUUACUUACCAAACUGUAGUUUCAUCAACAGUUAAUCACCAAAUGCCUAAAUUAGCUUUAGCCAGAGUACAUCCACCUACAUGUCGGUAGGAAAAUGAAGCAGUCUUUCGUAUUUUUUUUAAUGAGAUUGGAUUGUAUUAGUGCUUUGUGUUGUUUCACACUUUAUAAUAUUUUAUAUGUAGGCGUUCUUACAUUUUUUUUUGUGUGUGUAUUUUUGUGUUUAACGUCAGCGUAAAAACAAGGCUAAGACAGACGUGUGUAUAAAAUUUGUCAUAUAUGUUUUUUUGUGUUAAAGGUAAAUGUUAGCUGUUUCUGUCUGCUGCUCCGGUUGUCCAGGGCUUUAAUGUUAAAAUCAGAUAUAUAGUGCAUUUAAAAAGCUUUGAAAUUAAACCAAUACAAAUUCUGUAUUGUGAAAUUUAAGGGAAAUACACGGCUUUAUGUGUGCACAGUAGUGUAAAGGUUCGGUCACAGCUCGAAUGGGACCAUAACAGCUCACUGUUCUGUUUUUUUCUUCAAGUUAAUGAAUAGCUGAAGCAGAUAGUCAGUGUUUUAAGAGACUUAAAGGAUAAUGGACUAACAUGGUCUAAAAGGCUUUAAAGUUUCAUUUUGUAGCUUGACUAUUCUGCAAAGGUUUGGCUGGUACAUGUUCAAUUUUAGAUACAAGAAAAAAAGUUUUUUAUUUAUGUCAGUACAAUACAUUUAUUUUGAAGCUAUGAGAAAUUAAUUAACGAAUAUAAAUUGAAACCUGUUAAAAAAAAAGUCUAUUUUUUUCUCUUCUUCUGGAAAGUGUUUUGGAUGAUUGUCUUUAUCAGUUUAAACAUUUAUAUUUCGACCAACUAUUUCAGGUAUUUCUAAUCUUUGCUUAUUUUUUUUUUAUGAAUACUAGGGAAAUGUAACAAUACAUAUAAAUAGAUGACGAUUCUAGCUGCGUCUGCGACAUAUAAAAGGCUGAAUAAAGAGCGAUGGGAGACUAUGCAAUAUUUUUGUAACAAUCAGCGUGCUGCCUUGUUCAACACAACUCGUGAUUGAAUGCUUUUCCACUUCCUUAUAAUUUGUCGUAUCUUGAGCGAGUCAUAUUUAGCUAACCCUAAGAUGAGAAAAUGUGAAAUGCCUUUCACUACUGUAUACUUAUACCUCACGCAUAUUCAUAUUAAAAAAGUCAGUACAACAAUUUAUGUAGAAACUCAAAUAAAAUGCUUGACAGAAA